AUGACUGAUUUUGUCGGCUCUCAAGAUCGCCUGGUACUGGUGUUUGGCGACCAGACAGAUAGUAUAUCCGACACGCUCCAGCUUCUCUACUCGCAGGCACCAGCCAGCCCUUGGCUACAGCUAUUUUUGGGCAGGGCAACGUCACUCUUGCGAGAUGAGCUGAGCGCGUCCGCUUUUCAGCAACACUUGGAUGCUGAUUUCACAGAUUUGUUGCAAUGUGCCGAGAAGUUUUCCGCAACAGACAGCGGCUUGACCACUGUCUUGGUGACGACCGUAAGGGCCGGUGUUCUGAUACAGUAUGCCGCGUCCAACCCUGAAAUGUUCUCCUCGCAAGUUCCCAUCUGUCUGGCGGCUGUCUGUGGCGGCCUGCUGAACGCUGUGACCUUUCCAACCGCCCAUGACAUGUCCUCGCUGUGCCAGGCAGGGCUUGAUUCGAUCAGACUUGCAGUCCGCCUCGUACAAAUUAUCGGCGCGAGAACAAGGGCGGUAUAUGAUGGCCCCGGCAGAUGGGGUUGGUAUGUUUCUGGUAUAGACGCUGCCCAGUUGCAGUCCAUCCUGGACGUGUAUCACGAGGCUCAGAGUACGGCUCAGGAUCAAACGCUCAGAAUAGCGGGCACGGGCCUGGAGGAGUCGUGGCAUACCGUCAUCGGCCCGCCGCCCGUCCUGCAACACUUCUUCAGCACCAACCAGCAGAUCAAGGACCUUCCGAAAUUCGAGUUGCCCAUCAAAGGCUACGUGCAUGUUGGCCCAGCCGCUACCGACACCGAAAUGGAGCAGAUAAUGGGUGGCAUGACUAGCGUGCACGGCGACUUGGACAGCACUGUCCCUCGCGCAAACGUCCAGCUGAUAUCAUUGGGGGAGGGCGGCUUGCUCUCUGCGCCGACGUGGAGGGGUCUUUUGUCGCUGGUGGCCCGGGAGAUACUUACCCAGCCUCUAAACCUUACCCGGGGGCUGUGCGAUGUCAAGUCGACCGUGGAGGAUGCCGGUCAGUUGAGGGUCUUGUGCGCUGGGCCUUCAACUCACAUUCAAACUGUGGCUGCAUAUCUGGAGUUUGAGUGCGACAAGGAGUUGAGCGUUGAGUAUGAGCCACAGAUACCACCGCUGGACGAUCCGGAGGUGGUCUCUAUCGAAAUCCCGGAGGUAAAACCUAUCGCAGGGCGAAGUACCUCAGGAAUUUCUGUCACUGCUGCGCCCGGAGAUGAUGGCAAACGGCCAACGACGUCAAGUGACACUCGGGCUCAAAUAACCCAGAUGCCGAGUCCAGCUCCAUCAACAACCUCAAGCAAAACCACACUCAGCAACUCCGAGGUAGCCACUGCAGCAUCGGUUGCGAAACCAAGUGGAAAGUCCAAAGUCGUCUUGCUGCAAGGCCGCAAAGCAUCCGGGCAGACGCCGCUCUUUAUGUUCCCCGACGGCACAGGCAGCGCCCUAACGUACAUGUACCUGGGCCGGCUCAGCGAUAGCAGACCUCUCUACGCCUUGGAAUCUCCGCUCCUGAACCAAUCCUACAACCCCAUUGGCGGGGUCGAGGAGAUCUCGACGCUCUUCAAAGAAAGCAUCAUCGAAACUCAACCCAGCGGGAAAUUCCUCCUGGCGGGAUAUUCCCUGGGAGCGGUCUACGCAUACGAAACGGCGAGGCAGCUGAUAAACGACGGAUAUGAAGUGGAAGGCCUAAUGAUUUUCGACAUGGCCGUCCCGCUGCCGCGCACCGACCUCGGCUUGCCGCCGUCGGCCAUAAACUUGCUACGGCCCCCGACCAUGCUCAAACCACCCCGCGAGGGCGAAGCCCACAUGGCGGCGAUGAUACGCAUGGUCGCUGAGUACAACCCAGAACCAAUGGCGCCGGGCAGCCGUCCGCGGCGCGUCUGGCUGGCCUGGUGCCGACGCGGUGUGGCGGAGCGGUUGACUCAGGACGUCCGCGAGGAGCUGAGCCAGACUGGCCUCGCCACGGAGGCGACGGCUGGUUUCAUGGAGGAUCCGGCCGUCGGUGUGUUGGGAUGGGUGGUGCCGCCCGGAAAACCACUGGGAUGCAAUGGUUGGGACAAGCUGGUGGGUGAGGUCAAGUGCACUUCGAUUGAUGCGGAUCAUUUCACUCUGAUCGUUCCUCCUGGGGUGACUAGGUUUCAGAGGGCGAUUAAGGAUGGGUUGGCUUACUUUACUGAGGAUUAA